AGUUUCUCGAGAGUGGCAGUUCUCUCUGCUUACAUUACAGUAAGCACAUGCACGACUAAAACUCACUACAACACUUGAAAUAUUUACCUUUUACGUCACAAAAAAACGAUGUCUGCCGCAAACUUUAAAAACUGCCGGAAUAUAAUGAUAACGGGAGCAAGCCGAGGACUCGGUCUGCAGAUGAUAGAAAGCCUCGCUACCAGUAGUAACUCACCGGCCAAAAUAAUAGCUGCCGCAAGGAAUCCGAGCGGCGCUCAGCAACUGCAGAAGUUGGCAGAGAAAUACUCCAAUAUCCACAUAAUCACCCUAGAUGUGAUCAGCCAGGAGAGCAUCGAGAGGGCCGCACAGGAAGUGGAUGAGCUGGUGCAGGAAGAAGGCCUCAACUGUCUGAUCAACAACGCUGGGAUCAACGUGGUGGCCAACUUUGAGACGGUCACAGCAGAGAACAUGCUGGAGAACUUCCAUGUUAACUCUGUGGCUCCGCUCAUGAUCACCAAGGCUGUGCUGCCGCUGCUGAGGAGGGCAGCCAGGCAGCGUGGGCCGGGCAUGGGCAUCCACAGAGCUGCUGUCAUCAACAUGACCUCCCUGCUGGGCUCCGUGGAGCUCAACUGGGGAGACCGGGCCAAUAACUUCAAAUGGUACCCGUACAGAACCUCCAAGAGCGCUCUGAACAUGGUGAGCAGGUGCAUGGCGGUGGACCUGGUGGAGGACGGGAUCCUCUGCAUGAUGCUGCAUCCUGGCUGGGUACGCACCGACAUGGGCGGGCCCGAGGCUCCCCUCAGUGCCGAGGACAGCAUUUCCUCUGUCCUGGCUGUGAUUGGUGGACUGACCGAAAAGGAUCAUGGGUCGUUUCUGCACUACACAGGAGAGCUUUUGCCAUGGUGAUAGAGAGACGAUUGGAAGUAUGGAUUAGUAAUUGAUCGGUGUGCACAUAUUUAAGCUUGAGGAGCUGAAAGAGAUGAGUAGGUAGACAGGGUCUUGCUCUGUUUGUGUUCAGUGAGCAUCAGCAUCUGGAGACGGGAGACAGCACAGUGGGGGUCCAGGAUUGGCUUUCACAGUUCUCCCACCCAGAGGAAAAGAAGAGCAUCUUUUUUGCUGUUACAAUAUUUAAUGUUUACGAUGUCUCCAACUUUACCAGUGUUGUUUAAACGCUGCGUUUUGUUAAGCACUUUACUGUCAGUUAGUAUUAUCAGAGCACAAUAAAUGUCAGUACAACUAACUCUCAUGUCAUUCAUAAUAGGAAGUAGAUCAGUUAUAAAAUACAUUUGGGAUAUCUAAGGUAAUCAGACUGGGAGAACUCAUUUUCAGUGCUUUUUAUACCGUUAAGCACUUACUACUGUAGCUCUGCUGUUAGGCUUCCAGUCUGUCCUAAAUAAACGUGUAUCUACAA